UCACUAGUAGACAUGUUAGACAGUAACGGAAAACUGGAACAACCAGAAUCACCUGGUGAUGCACUAGUAUGUGAACAAGAGAAACAAGAAUUCCUAACUCCAGAAAGUUCUCCUCCUAACACAACCAACGAUCAUGGCCAUUCAGUAGAGAUGGUGACCGAUGAAUCAGGACCAAGUACGAGCAGUGGAAGAGAGGAUAAACUCAGCGAUGAGAAUGUAGAAAGUGAUGUGAAUCUCGAAGUACCUCCUAAUCUGCCUACUGUGUCAAGCAACUUGCAGGAAAGGAAGCCACGAAGUCAAGUAAACAAUGAGGGCUUAAGUGCAGGCAGAACCCUGAGGUCCCACUCUCUGAAUGACAAGAAAAAAGGCUUAGAGCACAGCUAUCCUCUUAGAUGGACACCGGCUCGAUUGCAAAAUUCCGGAGCACCAGAUAGUGAUGGCGGUAAAACACCAGCCAGGAAAAAAAAGAGAAGGUCAGAGACACAAAAUAGAGAUUUUAAGCAUCAGUCUGCUGAGGAUAAUGUUGCUGUUAGGGUGAAGAGAUCAUUUUCAGCUAGAACACAGUCGGCUAACUCUUCUAUGGUAGCAUCUACUACAAGAAGACGUGGAGGUUCUUUUAAUGCUGGAUCAUCAGAAGUAACCAAGGUGUCCAAGUUGGUAGCUCCAUCUACGCCCAAUUGUUUGAAGCGGGCUCUAGACAAUCUACAAAACAAAUCAAAAAGUACAGUAACAACUGAAGAUAUGGAGUUAUUAAAGAUUGGUGAAAUAAAAAAACGGUUGGCAGCUAAUCGAAAGAAAUAUCGAAAGUUCCAGAGAAAGGCUCUUCAGGGCCCUAAACCUGUUGAUCACAAUACAUCCAAAUCUCAACCACACUGUACUGUGGUUGAACCUUUCAAGUUUGUUACUGAUGAUCGGAUUAAAAGUCAUUCUGCUACUGAUACAGUGGUUAAAAAAGAAAAAGAUUUUGUUUCAAGUCUCAGACGCAACUCGCCAAAUCAACAUCAAGAGAAGCCUAGAGAAAGAAUAACAAAGCCGGUUCCUUUCAAGUUUGGGGAAAACAGAAAGAGGGGUCGUGAUGCAGCACCACAAGAAGAAUACCACAGUUUAGCUGAACAAAUAAAGGCCUUUCACUCGGCAACGCCUGAAAGAUUUCACUGUUCUCGUCCAGGAACUAAGCCGAAAUCUGAUGUUCAGGCCAAGCAGCUGGUCCCUACAAUACCACACACUCCUAAGUUUUGUUCAACUUCACGACAUCGUCCCGUUACGGCAAUAAGCCAAGCUCAGAAGGAAGAGUUAGAAGUGGAAGAAAUGAAGAAAUACAAGUUUAAAGCUAGGCCAGUCAACCACAAGAUCUUUACACAACCGAUGACGGGUAUAAGUAAAGUGGAGACCAAACAGUCCACCAGACCCGAGGGCUUCCAGUUAAAGACAGAAGUACGUUAUCACUUGAGAGAGAGAAAUCAAGCGAGCACCGAGGAGCCAAAAUACGAGUUUCAUGCCCAACCCCUACCAAAGAAAAUACUGGAAGGACCUAGAGGACUGAAAGAAAAAGAACACCUUCCUCUAACCCAUCCCAAGUCUCCAGCAUUUGCUUUGAAAGGAAGAGUUCUUCUGUGGAAGAAGGAUGAAGACUUGACUGAAGAGGAAGAAAACCUGUCCAUGGCUGUAAUCAAGGCUAAUCCAGUACCACAUUCUGGUAUCCCUUUCCGGCCAAAGCUGCAGAAAAAGGUCACUCAGAGUGAACCUUUCAGCUUCCACAAUAAAGACAAGGAAAGAUGGGCCCUCAAAGAAGAACGAAUCAAAGAGGAGUUGGAAAAGGAAAGAAAGAUGCGGAAUUUCAGAGCACAGCCGUUGCCAUCUCCUUCCCAAUCAGGAUUACCAUCUUUUCCAAAGAAAUCUCUCACUAAACCCGAGCCAUUUCAGCUGUCAACAGAUUAUCGUGGUAGUGACCAGGCUGCAAGAUUGCAAAGAGAGAAAGAAGAAGAAGAAGAACGUCAAAGAGAAGCUGCAGUUUUUAAAGCUAGGCCUGCAGCUGUUCUCUAUAAGGAACCUUUUAUUCCAGCUAAAGCACAGAAGUCAUUAACAGAGUUUGAAGAUUUAAACUUACAUACGGAACAAAGAGCUACUGAGAGAGAGAAGUUUGAGAUGUGGAAACAACAGAGGGAGGAAGAACUCGCUGCAGAACUGCAGAGAAGGAAAGAACAAGAGGAGGAAGAAGAACGAGCACGCGUAGCCCAGAUGCGCAUUGAGGCAGUCCACAAAGCUCAGCCUGUGAAGCACUUCAAGCCUGUUCUUAUUAAGCCGAGUGACAAGACACUAACUAAUCCCGAAUCGCCUGUCUUUGCAACGAGGCUGCGUGUUCGUAAUAACGUCUCUUACUGAACAACAAAUAUGGUCUUGUUUCAUAAGUAAUAUUAAUGUCCAAUUAAAGCUUUUAAUAAUCCUACCCUAACUCUUGUAAAUAUUGAUAUUUUUACUGUAAAAGUAUCAAAUAAGCAGUCUUAUGAUUAUGGAUUGAGAGGUGUAUUAGAACCUGUGUUACUAUACAAGCUUCUAUGAAACGUAUUUCUUGUAUAAUAUUUAGUUUUCCUUAUUGUUUGUAAUAGAGGGAUUUUUUUAUGUUUGUGUUCUUGACUCUGUCCAACCUAAAGAUUUUUAUUUAACAUCAUACGAAGUUUGAGGUGAUAAUUUCUUAGCGAGACCUUUCACACCAAAGGACAGGUAAACAAGUGUAAUGACGUAUCAACUUGAACAGGUUUAAGUUACUUUUAGCAUAUGAUAACUAGUUUUUCUGUGAUGUUUUGUAUUUCUUCAAGUAAUAAAAGUUCUGCUCAGUCUA